AUGAAGCCCGAGAACGAGGCCCAACUGAAGCCCAUGAUAGAUUGAAGUUGAAAACCCUAAGCUUCGUUGGUCGUCCUCCCGUAUAAGUUAGCCGCUGUUCCGGAUCUCACUUACCAAGUUGCUGCUGUGGAGGCGUAGCGCGGUAGCGGAAUCAUGGUGAACGUUCCCAAGACAAAGAAGACUUACUGCAAGAAUAAAGCUUGCAAGAAGCACACACUUCACAAGGUUACACAGUACAAGAAAGGAAAAGAUAGACUUUCUGCACAAGGGAAGCGCCGUUAUGACAGGAAACAAUCAGGUUAUGGUGGACAGACAAAACCUGUUUUUCACAAGAAGGCAAAAACAACUAAGAAGAUUGUUUUGAAGCUUCAGUGUCAGAGCUGCAAGCACUAUUCGCAGCAUCCUAUAAAAAGAUGCAAGCAUUUUGAGAUUGGUGGAGACAAGAAGGGCAAGGGCACUUCACUCUUCUAGUCUGUUUUCUCAACAUUUCAGCCGUUUUGGUUUUCGCUGGAUGCUUCAGUAAUUUGGUGGCUUGAAUUGGAUAAUUAUUUGCAAUGACAUCUACAAUUUUAUUGUUGGAGAUAAUAUUUUGUUUAUAACAUCUAUCUCUUAGCUGCUUGUGUUUGUUCA